GCUGGCAGGCCCAGGCGCCGCUCGCUUCGCCUUCAUUCGUCUUCUGUGUGUCGGCUCGGAGACAAGGCUGGCCUGGAUGGGGAAGAAGUCGAGAGCGGCGCCGGUGGGUCGGCGGCCUAUCUUGCAGCUUUCACCGCCGGGGCCUCGCGGGGGCCGGGAAGAAGCGGCACCGGGCGAUGGGGACUCGGCAUCGGAAGCGGAUGAAUUUGAAGUGACUGAAGAGGCUUCAAGGACAACCCCAAACGCACCACAGGCUAAUAUGCCUGUUGGGCCUGUAGCUGUCAAACCAACAGGUGGCUUAUGUUUACUUGGUGCUUAUGCAGACAGUGAUGAAGAAGACAGUGAGAUAUCUGAGAAACCAGCACAGUCCGCAGAUGCAAAUGGCAAUAAUUCAACAGACAUUGACAGUACCCUGGCCAACUUCCUAGCGGAAAUCGAUGCUAUUACAGCUCCUUCCCAGCCUGCUGAUACCACUGUUCCUACCAGUGCUCCACCUCCAACUCCUCCACGCCCAGAACCUAAGGAAUCUGCCACCAGUCAGGUUUUGGCAACUGCAAAUGGAACGGACCAGGUGGCCGAGUGGCAGUAUGACACUCAGUGCUCACUGGCAGGAGUGGGAGUAGAGAUGGGAGACUGGCAGGAAGUUUGGGAUGAAAACACAGGCUGUUAUUAUUACUGGAACACUCAAACUAAUGAGGUUACUUGGGAACUACCCCAGUAUCUUGCAACACAAGUUCAAGGUCUCCAACAUUACCAGCACAGUUCGGUAACAGAAGCCAAUGAAAACUACCAGAUGGCUGUAGACAUAACCUCACAAGGAAAAGGUGCCACCACCGCCACCAGCACUGUUAGAAGUAGGACAACUCUUGUGAAGCGUGAGUUAAAGAAGGAAGUGAAUGAAGGUAUCCAGGCUCUUUCAAGCAAUGAGGAAGAGAAAAAAGGAGUGGCUGCAUCACUGCUGGCUCCAUUACUUCCUGAGGUGGUGAAGGAGGAAGAGGAGCGCUGGAGACGGAAGGUUAUCUGUAAGGAAGAGGUGGAGCCAUUAAUGGAAGAAGAUGUGGCAGUGGAACAAGUGGCUGUUGAUCAGCCCCUAGAAGGCAAUCGAGAGAUUGGUGAAGACCCUUCUCAGGAGGACCUGUGUAGUGUGGUGCAGUCAGGGGAGAGUGCAGAGGAAGAAGAGGAACAGGAUACUCUUGAGCUGGAGAUGGUAUUGGAGAGGAAGAAGGCGGAACUGCGAGCUCUAGAAGAAGGUGAUGGGAGCAUUUCAGGCUCAAGUCCUCUUUCUGAGGGGAGUCAGUCAGACCUAACACGGCGACUGCUACCCAAGCAAGGGAAGUGGAAGCUCUUUGGAGUUGCUAGCCCAGAAUCCAACAGUCGAGGGUCUAGUAAAACGGGGCAAGAAAGUCCAGAACCUGGAGAAACAGUAGUGAAGGAAGAACCAGAAGUGGCUGAUGAAAACUCUGAAAAUGAACCAGCUGCAGAGGAAUUGCAAGACAAAGUGAAAACACAAGGGACUUUGAAAGUGGAAGAUGAGGAGCAGGACUUAAAGUUUCAGAUUGGAGAGCUGGCUAACAUGUUGAUAAGCAAGUUGGAGUUCUUGGGCAUAAGUAGACAAUCCAUCUCUAACUUCCACAUGCUCCUGUUGCAGACUGAGACCCGUAUUGCAGACUGGCGGGAAGGAGCUCUCCAAGGAAAUUACCUCAAACGCAAAUUGCAAGAUGCAGCUGAACAGCUAAAACAGUAUGAAAUAAACGCCGCCCCUAAAGGCUGGUCCUGCCACUGGGACAGGGAUCAUAGGCGCUAUUUCUAUGUUAACGAACAAUCAGGCGAAUCCCAGUGGGAGUUCCCAGAUGGGGAGGAGGAAGAGGAGGGGCAAAUCCUAGAGAAUAAAGCAGAAGCUCUUCCUAAACAGGCUCUGAAGGAGAAAACAGAGUCUGGGGAAUCUACUGAUAACACUGCAGGUUCUGUUGGUAAAGACUCUCUUUCUAGUCAAGCUGCAGCUACAUCUCUUGUGCCUCUCAGUCCAUUUUGGACUAUGCUUCAACCCUCUGUUCCUGUACUCCAACCCCCUUUACCCUUGGAAAUGCCACCACCGCCGCCACCUCCACCAGAGUCACCACCUCCACCCCCACCACCCCCACCACCCCCAGGAGAGGAUGGGGAAAUACAGGAGGUAGAGAUGGAAGAUGAAGGAGAUGAGGAGCCACCAGCACCAGGAACAGAGGAAGAUGCUGUCCUGAAACCUCUUCCCCGACCAGUAGUUGCCAACAGUCAAACAAACUCUGAGACCAGUAUAUCUGCGCCUCCCUCAGCUAAAUCUCUAAAAAGAAAAUGUUCUGAAAUGAGUGCUGGGCUGGUGCAACGAGCAGCAACUAUUGGAAGCUGUCCAGUGCUCUAUGGCCAAUCAGUACUGAGUACAGGUCUUCAGACUGCAGGGUUGAGUUUGCAACAGAGUUAUCUUGGAGUAACACAACCAGCACUUGUAAGUUACUCAGAGUGUAGUGCCCCAGUUGGACUUUCUGCAAACACUUCACAGCCAGUUUCUUCACAAGGAGCCCCUUCUGCCACUAGUGUCACAGAACAGCCGCCUCUGCUGCCACCGCCACCGCCUCCGGUGUCACCACCUCCACAUGCUCCUAAAGCACUGCCUCCAGAGAAGUCAAAAAAGCUUAGGAGAGGUGGAAAGAGAAAAAAGAACAAGACAAAGAUGCCAUCUCUUGUAAAGAAGUGGCAGAGCAUUCAGCGGGAACUGGAUGAGGAGGAAAACUCCAGUUCUAGUGAUGAGGAUCGGGAGGUGAUAUCACAGAAGCGAAUUGAAGAAUGGAAACAGCAGCAGCUAAUCAGUGGUAUGGCAGAGAGAAAUGCAAAUUUUGAAGCAUUGCCCGAUGACUGGCGAGCUCGACUGAAGAGGCGGAAAGCUACUUCAAGCACAUGAGAGCUCUUCUUUUCUUUUUUUUUACCCACACAUGUACAGUUCAGAACCUUUACUGUUGGAUAAAUUGUAAUUUUUUGAGGAUACUUAUUUCAGUUGAAUGAUUUGACAGAAAAAUUGUGUGGACUUGGGAAUCCUUCUGGAGGUAUAUUUGGCAAAUGGGCCUGUGAAAUAAUAUAGGCUUGACCACUCCUUUUGUAAGCAGCUCCUAAUCCCAGUUCAGACAAAGCUAGAAUAUCAUUCAGUUCAGUUCCCUGGUGGAGCUGCUACCAAGAAUUGAUUGAUGCACUUUGGCUGGUUCCAUUUCAAAUUCCGUAUUCCCACUCCUCUGUAAGCCUAAAGGGGCUUUUUCAUUUAUUUCAAAAAUAUUUCUACAAGUCCUCACCUGUAAUUUCCAUUUGCAGCAUUUGCAGGUUGGUGUUACUGAAUAGACAAAUGAACCACAAACUUUCUGCUCACAUCUGGCACAGAACUGCAGGUUUUGAACCCCUCAUUCCAUUCCUGAUCUUUGUCCAUACCUUGGUUCUUAGCUACAUUGUUCUUUGUUACUGCUUGCUUAACUCAAAAAAUGGACUGUUGUUUCUGACCUUAAAUCUGUAUCAGUACUACUGUUUUUCUAGGGUGUUUUCACUUGUAACAUUACUCACAGAAUAAUCUCAGUACACUUUAGAUGCUGGAACAAGCCAGUAGUUCUGUUGGUGUUGUUGUAGGAAGGUGGAAUGGGACAUAGUAGGCAGCUGCUGCCACUGAUCACUGACAAAGCAGAAGGGAUCAGUCCCCUCGCCUUUACUGAUUGGCAUUCUGAGGCAGGAAGAAGUUAGUUCAGCACAUUGCAGCAUGAGGCUGUUCACUGUUCAGCAUCCUUGUUUUGUUACAUUGAUUGCUGCUGGCCAGUGAACAGCCCUGUGUUGGCAUAGUGCUGAAUGAGCGGUAUUGCAGUGUGCCCUAGUAAGAGUAAGGAGGACCCACUUCCUUUUUUACUUGCUGCUCAGCACUCUACCCCAUCUUACUCCCACUAAAUGGAUAUAUGCUAGAGGAGAGGGAAAAUUUAAACAUUUGUCAGUUAAUAUUUUCUAAGCUCCUGUUGUUGAGUUCCAGGAAAAGUAGGGUCUUUGUCUAUGUUUAAAGCCAGGUUGAAUAUUUAUCCAGCCUGUGAAUGUCUGAGUCUUCUCCUUUGCUUUUUAAAAACCUGAAUCAAGUGGUAAUGAUUUUCUGUAAACUGAAAGAAAAGGCAGUUUAUGGUUGAAUGCUGUUUGUAUUUCUCCUGUUUCUGGCUUUGUAAAUUUGUACAUACACAUUAAUAAAAUUCUUUUUUAUACUUCGGAA